AUGUCUGGUCUAGAAACCCUGGGCAUUGUUGGUAAUAUUUUUCAGGUCAUCAGCUUUGCUCGCGAGACUAUUACACUAUGCACGGCCGUGUAUGACGGCUGUUCUCCUGAUGAUUCGCUUGGUGAAAAUGCUGCGUCUCUGGCGACACUUUCGGCACAGCUGCAACAGUAUUACCAAGGAAAGAGAGAGAAGUCAUUACAAACUUAUCAGAAGACUCUAGAGACACAUUUGCUUGCAGAUGUUUGCAAGCAGAGUGAUGCCAUUGAGCUGACCCAGCGAGAAGCCUUCAAGGAGCUCGGGGAUCAUCUUCAGCACUUUGUGUCACAGUAUGCUGCCGGGCACACACCCCUUUCCGAGCUUGUAAAAGCAGAAAGCCUCUCUACCAAAGAUCAUACUACUAAGGAGAUAUUGAGGACUGAGCAAGCGGCUCAAUCAUAUAUCACAACCAAGCUAGCGAGAACAGAGAGCUCGAUCACACGUCAAAUGAAUGAAAGCUUGGAAGAUGCUACACAGAAGAUUACCAGUGGUAUGCGACAACUUGCUUCAGAUGCUGUGACCCAAGCUCAGCGAGAACAAUUUUUGACAAGCCUCAAAUUUGGAGCGAUGAAUGAACGAUGGAAUCAAAUUGUUGAUUCUCAUGAAGGUACCUUUGAAUGGAUUCUGCGAGAGCACACCGCUGGUGAUGACAGUGACGCCAGCGAUGAUACAUCCAGCUACGAUGAAUCGGAGUGGGAAACAACUAGUAAUGAGGAUUCAUCUGAUCAUGUAAACAUGCCAACUGAAGCCCGUACAACCAACGAAAUAGUGGCCGAGCAACUUCCACAGAACAGACGAUUUAAUCACCGAUGAUGAGUCCGACGAAUUGUCUGAUGAUGCAACUCAGUCAUCAGAUGACUCUAUGUCAUAUGACGAAACAAGUGAAGCACUGCAGGACCUUGAUUGAUGAAGAUUUAUGGGAUAACUUUGCCGAAUGGCUCAAAUCAGAUAGUAGUACGUAUUGGAUCAGUGGAAAACCAGGGUCUGGCAAGAGCACCUUGGCCAAAUCUCUCAUUUGAAGCCCGCGACGACUAUAUGCUACUAGUGUAUUU